AUAAAAAUCAACAGAAUGUGGGGGUUUCUCAGAAUAUUGAUGAUAUCCCAUUUGUUGUGGACAGUCAGUGCCAAAUUUGAUUUGACGGAAGUCAGCGACAUUAUCCAAGACGAAAUCUUAACGUGGCAUGAUGUUUGUAGGGAUGUUACUGGUACGACAGAGGAAGCUAUAAAACAAGUGCAAAUUGGUCACUUCAUAGAUGAUGAUGCACUGAAGAAAUAUGUAUUUUGCAUGUGGAGGAUUUCAGGAGUGAUGAGUACAAAUUUCAAGAUGCAUUUUGAUCGAGUGGAAGAAUAUCUACCAGAACGCACACGAGGAAUCGCUUCUCAAACGUUGAAAGGUUGUCACGAUAAAGUUAAGGAUAAAGAUCUACCAAAUUUCGAGAAGACCUACAUAUUACAGAAAUGUUUAUACGAUGAAGAUUUCGAUGACUUCGUAUUGUUUUGAGAUUGCAGUCUUACCGGAAAACAGAAUGAAUAUAGACAAUGAAAAUGAAUAAAGGAUUUCAAUUGCAUGAUAA